GAGAGAGACAGAGAAACCCCUAAAAUUCCACCAAAAGACUUGUCUCCUCGCUGUCGUUUCUGUCUUCUUUCCUUAACGUUUCACCGACGAAUCGAACUCUCAUCUUUUUCUUUUGUUUUCUUCGUGGUGAUUUCUCUUCUCUACCCUCUAGAGUUUCAGGUUUUCAGUUGGGCACUUCAGAACAGCAGAUACUUUUUUUUUGUCUAGAUAACUGGCAACAAAGAUGGAUGAUUGGGAGGCUGAGGAUUUUCAACCACUUCCUGCAAAAGUUGCACUCAAGAGUAACUGGGAUGACGAGGAUGUGGAUGAGGAUGAUAUCAAGGACUCCUGGGAGAAGGAGGAUGAGCCUGUUCCUCCUGCACCUGCAGUAAAGCCUGCUACUGAGAAGGCUCCAAAGAAAGCAGCAGCAGCAGCAAAGGGUGUGGAGAAGAAGGCUAAAACUGUUGAAGCUUCGAAGGAAGAACCUUUAGAUCCUUUUGCUGAGAAACUUCGCAUGCAGAGGCUAGUGGAGGAAGCUGAUUACCAGGCAACUGCUGAACUCUUUGGAGCAAAGACUCAAGAACAAAACAUCGAUAUUUUUAUUCCCAAGUCUGAAAGCGAUUUCUUGGAAUAUGCUGAAAGCAAUUUCUUGGAAUAUGGAGAAGAGAUUUAAAUCAUCGGCGGUUUUUUAAUACAUCUAUUAAACUAACAGUUUGGUAAAACUAUAAAACUCUCUCUUUUCUCAGUUUUCUUUGCUUGGUUUGUUUUGAAAUUAUGUAUUAAUAUUUUCUUUUUUCGGCAAACAUUUUUUACUUUAUUUAAUUAGA